AAAAAAAAAAAGAGAGAGACUUAAACAAAAUAUGGGAUGAGGCCUUUACUGUAUUCCUAAACUUUCAAGGGGUUUACAGAAAACUCUUCUACCAUUAUUGCAAAGAUAUGAAGAGCACUGGCUUCUGGUUACUACUACAAAGGACUUUUUGUAAUUAAGAGAUAACAUACAUACAGAGCAUAAAGUGCAUUAAUCUUAAGUGAAGAGUUUGGUAGUUUUUAAUAUAUAGGUACCGUAGCUACCAUAUUGGUAGCUAACAUAUAGGUAGAGUAGCUACCACCUGUAUCAUGAUACAGAACAUUUGUAGCCCCAUAGGGUUUCUUCAUUGCCCCUUCACAUCAGGUUCGGAUAAGUAGACUCAUACAAUAUGUACUCUUGUGUCUGGCCUUUUCUGCUCAAUAUAAUCUGUGAAAUUCAUGUUGCAUAUGUACCACUACUUCAUUUUUUUUUAUUAUUGCUGUGUAGAAUUCUAUUGUAUAAGUGUACCACAUUUUACAUACACUUUCCUGUUGAUAGGCAUUUGGGUUGUUUACAUUUCUGGGUGGAAUUAAGGAUAAAGCUGUUGUAGACAUACGUUUUUUGCGGAUAUAUGCACACAUUUAUAUACUUAGGAGUAGAAUUGUUAGAGCAUUGGGUAGGCAUAUGUUCUGUUUUAGUUGAAACUGCCAAACAAUUUUCUGAAAUAUGCCGUUUUACCUUCCCACUAGCAAUAUGUGAAAUUUGCCAUCACUCAUCUACACCAACCCUUGAUGUUUUCAUAUUUCUUAAUUUUAACCAUUUUGGUUGACAGUAUUUAUAUUUUUAAUGGUGAAUGUCUUUGUGCAGACUUCACAAGAAGAGCAAGAUCUGAGUAUGCAAAGAGAGAUAGGUAUCAUGUGAAAGGAGAUUAUUCAUUCUUCUGUACUUCUCCCACACUUUUAUAGCCCCAUGCAGAGUGUAGGCUUUGAAUGUUUGAUGACUGCCAAGCUGAGCUAAUCUGAUUUUUAAUGAUGGUGUUUCAUAGCACUAAUUUUGUGCAGUGAUUAAAAGCAUGAAUUCAGGAACCAAGCUGCCUAGAUAUGAAUUCCAGUUGUGCUUCUUUACUAUCAGUGUGUGCCUCAGUUUACUCAUCUGCAAAACAAAAUAGUGGUACCUACCUUAUAGAGUUAUUAUGAAGAUGAAAAGAGUUCACAUAUGUAAAGUGCCUAGAUCGAUGCCUAGACCAUAGUAAGUGCUAUAUAAGUAUUAGUUAUUAUUAAAAUAAAUUAUCUUUGUAUUAAGACAUUCAGUAUAAGUAAAGGGAAAAACUUGUAAAGCAAUUUUUAUUUUACCUAGUACAUAAAAUUAUUACAUGUUAGACAAUUUAUGUUAUUGAGAUACAGGACCAAUCCUGUAGAGAAUCAUUUUUAAAACAGAAGAUGUCUUAUUCUGGAGAGCUAGAUUUAUAAAUAAGCAACAGGGUAAUGCCCACAGUAUUUCCUACCCCAGAAUAUCUGUUACUGGUGUCUGCACUCUCAUAUUUGGACUUAUUUUUUCUCUUAUAGACUUUUACUUUAGUAAUGUUAAAACACUCCUUGGGAACAGAUAAUGUGAAAUGCUUAUCAGCAAAGCUUUAGAAGAAAAACUGAUAUGGGUGAGAGAAUAAAGGAAGGAUCCAGAAAGGAAAGAUUAGAGGGAUGCUAAAAAAGCCUGCUUAGGCUUGAUCUUAUUAAAAUAAGUAUUCAGGACAGAGUUAGUCUUAUUCUAAGGUAACUAAUGGUUUUUCCAUCUUUGUAGAAAAGAUAUGCUUUGUAAUAAAUACAUCUAUAAAGUAUGUUGAAAAUUCAUACUUUGUGACAACUGCUUUUGGCCUUUAGUUCCAGCUUUACCUCCUCUCUUCUCUCUCUCACUCUGUGUGUGUGUGUGUGUGUGUGUGUGUGUGUGUCUGUGCAUGCGUAUAUGUGGCUUAUAGAUUACAAGAAAGUAAAAAAAAAAAUGGAAUAAUCAGAAAUAAAAUUUUUCAGUGCCUUGCCUGGCUACUUAAAAAAAGAUUCACUUUUCACUUCCUUCUUUGUAAUCCCUUAACUUCUGAGCUCACCUCUUGUCUUUGGGAAUAAGCAGAAGGAAUAAUCCCAUAGCUACCCUCUGGGCUUCAUUUUUCAUUCUCCUCCCUCAAAGUAAUUUCUGGACAGAAACUCACACGACUAUUUACAUCAAAUCAGAUAUUAACAAGUGAAUGCUUGAGUUGCCUUGUAGAGCUACUUGAAGACCCCAACAUAAGUGCUUCACUGAUCUUAAGUAUUAUCGGUUUGCUGUCUCAACUAGCUGUAGACGUUGAAACCAGAGAUUGUCUUCAGAAUACAUAUAAUCUGAAUAGUGUGCUGGCGGGAGUGGUUUGUCGGAGCAGCCACACUGAUUCAGUGUUUUUGCAGUGCAUUCAACUUCUACAGAAGUUAACAUAUAACGUCAAAAUUUUCUAUUCUGGUGCCAAUAUAGAUGAAUUAAUUACGUUCCUGAUAGAUCACAUUCAAUCUUCUGAAGAUGAGUUAAAAAUGCCUUGUCUAGGAUUAUUGGCAAAUCUUUGUCGGCACAAUCUUUCUGUUCAAACACACAUAAAGACAUUGAGUAAUGUGAAAUCUUUUUAUCGAACUCUUAUCACCUUGUUGGCCCAUAGUAGUUUAACUGUGGUUGUGUUUGCACUUUCAAUAUUAUCCAGUUUGACAUUAAAUGAAGAAGUGGGGGAAAAGCUAUUCCAUGCUCGAAACAUUCAUCAGACUUUUCAACUAAUAUUUAAUAUUCUCAUAAACGGUGAUGGCACUCUAACUAGAAAGUAUUCAGUUGACCUACUGAUGGAUCUCCUUAAGAAUCCUAAAAUUGCUGAUUAUCUCACCAGAUAUGAGUACUUUUCUUCAUGUCUUAAUCAAGUAUUAGGUCUUCUUAAUGGAAAGGAUCCUGAUUCCUCUUCAAAGGUUUUAGAAUUACUUCUUGCCUUCUGUUCAGUGACUCAGCUGCGCCAUAUGCUCACUCAGAUGAUGUUUAAACAGUCUCCACCUGGCAGCGCCACUCUGGGAAGCCAUACUAAAUGUUUAGAACCUACUGUGGCUCUACUGCACUGGUUAAGCCAACCUUUGGAUGGAUCAGAAAACUGUUCUGUUUUAGCAUUGGAGUUAUUCAAGGAAAUAUUUGAGGAUGUAAUAGAUACUGCUAACUGUUCCUUGGCUGAUCGUUUUGUGACCCUUCUGCUGCCUACAAUCCUUGAUCAACUUCAGUUCACAGAACAAAAUCUAGAUGAGGCUUUAAUAAGAAAAAAAUGUGAAAGGAUUGCCAAGGCCAUUGAAGUUUUGUUAACUCUCUGUGGAGAUGAUACACUAAAAAUGCAUAUUGCAAAAAUCUUGACAACUGUCAAGUGUACGACUCUUAUAGAACAACAAUUUACAUAUGGCAAGAUUGACCUGGGAUUUGGAACAAAGGUCGCAGAUUCUGAAUUAUGCAAACUUGCUGCUGAUAUAAUUUUGAAAACUCUUGAUUUGAUUAACAAACUUAAACCAUUGAUUCCUGGUAUGGAAGUGAGCUUCUACAAAAUCCUUCAGGACCCACGUUUGAUUACUCCUUUGGCUUUUGCUUUAACGUCAGAUAAUAGAGAACAAGUACAGUCUGGACUGAGAAUAUUAUUGGAAGCUGCUCCACUGCCAGAUUUUCCUGCUUUAGUACUUGGAGAAAGUAUAGCAGCAAACAAUGCCUAUAGACAACAGGAAACAGAACAUAUACCCAGAAAAAUGCCCUGGCAAUCAUCAAAUCACAGUUUUCCAACAUCAAUAAAGUGUUUAACUCCUCCUCAUUUGAAAGAUGGUGUUCCUGGAUUGAAUAUUGAAGAAUUAAUAGAGAAACUUCAGUCUGGAAUGGUGGUAAAGGAUCAGAUUUGUGAUGUGAGAAUAUCUGACAUAAUGGAUGUAUAUGAAAUGAAACUAUCCACAUUAGCUUCCAAAGAAAGCAGGCUACAAGAUCUUUUGGAAACAAAAGCUCUAGCCCUUGCACAGGCUGAUAGACUGAUUGCUCAACAUCACUGUCAAAGAACUCAAGCUGAAACAGAGGCACGGACACUUGCUAGUAUGUUGAAAGAAGUUGAGAGAAAAAAUGAAGAGCUUAGUGUGUUGCUGAAGGCACAGCAAGUUGAAUCAGAAAGAGCCCAGAGUGAUAUUGAGCAUCUCUUUCAACAUAAUAGGAAGUUAGAGGCUGUGGCUGAAGAGCAUGAAAUACUGACAGAAUCCUACAUGGAACUUCUUCAGAGAAAUGAAAGUACUGAAAAGAAGAAUAAAGAUUUACAGAUCACAUGUGAUUCUCUGAAUAAACAAAUUGAGACAGUGAAAAAGUUGAAUGAGUCACUCAAGGAACAAAAUGAAAAAAGUAUUGCCCAAUUAAUAGAGAAAGAAGAACAGAGAAAAGAAGUACAGAAUCAGCUAGUAGACAGAGAACAUAAGCUAGCAAAUUUGCAUCAAAAAACAAAAGUACAAGAAGAAAAGAUUAAAACCUUACAAAAGGAAAGGGAAGAUAAGGGAGAAACCAUUGAUAUCCUUAGAAAAGAAUUAAGCAGAACAGAACAGAUAAGAAAAGAGUUGAGCAUUAAGGCUUCCUCCCUAGAGGUUCAAAAGGCACAAUUAGAAGGUCGUUUGGAAGAGAAAGAGUCCUUGGUGAAACUUCAGCAAGAGGAAUUAAACAAACACUCCCACAUGAUAGCAAUGAUCCACAGUUUAAGUGGUGGAAAAAUAAAUCCAGAAACCGUGAAUCUCAGUAUAUAGACA